AUGGCUUCACCACGCCUCGACGGGUCGCCCGAUCAUGCCGCACUUGACGUGUACAGACUCGAGUCGGAUUGCGGCGACUACGAAAGCGUGGUGAUGGUGAAGCUUACGGACGAGAUGUUCUCAGCUCUUAUGUUAGCUCAACGAAAAGGGCUACCCAUCCGUGUUCAUGUAGAUGAGCAGGGUGGAAAAUGGGAACUUGGCGAUCCAGCCAAUGGAGGAAACGUGUUCCGCUACCAGCAGCAGGCCUUGCCAGGUCCUCCUACUGAUGCUGUAGUUCAUGAUCCACGUUCUGGGACUCAUCGUGCCGUUGGUGCUUUCCGUAGCAAAUAUCAGAUCCAAGCAACGGACAAGUCAUUUGCGGAUACGAGAGAACGUGCCCAGAAACUCAUCGAAGAGGAGAAGAGUCGUGGCACGAAAGAUGUCACUAAACAUAGACAGAAGGGUAGUUUGCUUAAAUCGGGUACACCACGAGUCGGGUCAGCCUCGUCGUCUCGCAAUGUUUCACCACUUCUCACACGGACUCUCGAUACUCCAUCAUCUCGUAUCAGCCCUAACAAGUUUGCAAAUUCUACGGGUUCCAAUGGCAAUGCUUCUUUACAGAAUGGCGGGUCCUCGGGUACACCCCGCGCUACUCCUACGCAACACUUGAAUAGCGAGUUGAGGAAAAAGAAGCUGCGUCAACGGAUUAUUCAACUAGUCGUGCUUGGUAAAUUUUCUGGUGCCGAUUUGAUUCUGCGCCAACUACGUAAGGAUGGGUUGAAUGAAGAAGCGGGUCUUGAGCGACGUGUUGAAGACAUUGUUCGCGAAGUUUCUGAGCCUUCUAGUGGCACCGACACAACCAAAAUUGUACUUAGACCUGCUUUUUAUGGAGAGGUGGAUACGCGGUGGUUGUGGUACAAUCAGGAAGAGAAAGCAUAUGUUCGGCGUGUAACACAGGGCCUGUCUUCAUCGCAGACGAAAAGCAGUACUUUCGCUCCUAUGCGAAAAAGUGGCAUGGAACGUAUGCAAGCUCCUUGUCACUCUUCCACCAAUUCUUCUUCUGCCUCCGGUCAAACAGUUAGUCCUGAAGCUAUCCCUACACCACCCAAUUCCCGUCCCGCUUCUGCCGUCUCAGCUCCUAUGCGUAAAACUCCCCCGAAGAAUGUGAAUACUGUUCUGAAUGGAAGUCGUGAACAAACUCCCUCUAGUUAUCGUAGUCCUGCUCAUGAAGCAACGUCAGUAAACAAACGGAAAGCUCAUGUUCCCGCGCAACAACGUCAGCCCGAUGGGAAGCGGCCUCGCCAAGAAAGUGCUAGUCCUCCUGAAGAUCCCACUAACCAUCCUCUCCACAAUCAAAAAGCGAUGGCAGCACGCUCAGGUGGUAGCACUGCUUCUUCUCGCCUUAGCUCGCCCUGUAGUUUGUCAUCCCCCACACAACCGUCGUGUGAUUGGGAUAAAAGUUAUGGCGAGAUCAAAACUGUACAGGAAGCGGAGAAAUAUUUCACUUUGUUCCAGCAGGAGUAUCCAGAAUAUUUAGAAUGUUAUAAAACUUUGAAUGAGGUAGCCAAAGAGUUCCGUCAGCUCGAAAUACAACUGAAAAAUGCUGUAGAUAAUCGCAAGGACAUCGGGAGGAUCGAACAAAACAUACAGCAACGGUUUGCUCAGUACGAUAAGGAUCCCGAGUUUGUGAAGACUCGCCAACGUUACGCUGAUUUGCAUUCGAAACUGGCUGUGUUGAAGUCACGUAUAUCGGACUUCGAACGUGCUCAAGAUAUGGCUGCAAGUGGAUCAACUACUGCUGUUCCCAUGGAUCUUUGCGAUUUGGAGUAG